AUGUCGGGCGCCGGCCGCUGCGCCCGGCCAGGACCCUCCACUCGCUCCUGCCAGGACCUGCCGCUCUGCCCGGACCCUCCGCUCUGCCCGGCCAGGACCCUCCACUCGCGCCCUGACAGGACCUCGCGGCGCCCCGCGCUUCCGGCCGCGUCUCCUAGCAACCGGGCGGCGUCCCGGCGGCGCGUCGCCGGCGACUCCGGGGCGGGCCGAGCCGGCGCCCACAGCAAACAUGGCGGCGGCGGCUUCGCCCGCCCGGCCCGGCGCCACUUCCGGGGACGCGCGGACACGCGGACCCGCCGGAGCCCAGCGGCGCCGAGUGCCCGACUCCGGCCUCCGCGGGGCUGGGCGGCGCGGGCAGGGCGGACGGGCCCAGGCAGUCCUGGGCAGUGCGGGCAGUCCCGGGCGGCGAGGACAGUCCCGGGCAUGCAGGUGACCGCGCGCCUCCUGCGGGCGCUGCCCUGCCCCGCGCCCGGCCCCUGGACGCGCACGCCCCGCUGGUGCCCGGCCCGGGCCGCUGCCCCCAGACCCAGGCCCGGGCCCGGGCCAGCCAGGGGCCUGCAGGGCAGAGCCGGGCCGGGGGUCCUGGCACGGAGGGGCCCGGGUCGGAGCCGCGCGCAGGAUUUUCUCUGGGCCAAUCCGGAGCGUGGGAAAUCGGCAGAGAGCACGGAUGCCUUUGGAACAGCGAAAGCAAGGCUGGAGACGCAGGAGGAGUACGAGAUCGCCAACGCAGAGGUCACGCACGGGGCUUUCGUGUAUUACCAAGAAGGCGGCAGCCUGGUCCGCUCCCGGGUCGAGGAAGCAGACAGCGAUGACCACGAGGUCUUGUUCAGCCUGAACGAGCUGGGGCUGGGCCAGCCCUUCCUGGACUCCGUCCGAGUGGCCCCUGGUGAGGAGUUCGUGGCCGCCAGGGUGAGGGCGGCAGACUCCGAGGCGAGCGCCUGUGUGGUGGUGAGGCUUGGCCGGCCUCCUGCGGUGGAGGCGUCUCUCCCCAAUGUGUCCAGUUUUGAGUGGCUGGAAGGCGAAGAGGAGGGAGACGUCUUGUUCUACACCGUCCAGAGAAACCUCCGCUGCCGGGACGUCUACCGAGCCACUUUUGGUGAAGACAAGCGGAAUGAGCUUUUUUACAGGGAGAAAGACCCAAGCUACUUCGCCUUCCUUUACCUCACCAAAGACCGGCGAUUCCUCACUCUGAAUGUCAGGAGCAAGACCACCUCCGAGGUGUGGCUGGUCGACAGCCUGCACCCCUGGGCGCCCCCGAGGCUGGUGCAGGAGCGUGUCCCAGGGGUCCUGUACCACGUGGAGCACCGGGCCGGCACGCUCUACAUCCUCACCAACGCCGGCGAGCCCCCCGAGUUCAAGCUCAUGCAGGCGCCGGCGGACAGCCCUGCUGCCGUGAACUGGGAGCUGGUCCUCACGACGGGGAGGGACACCAGGGUGCUGGACCUGGACAUGUUCCGGGAUCACUGCGUCCUGUUCCUCCGGCACCGCGGCCGGCUGUGCCUGAGCGUCCUCGGGCUGGCCGACGGCUCUAUCCGCUCCCUGGAGCUCCCGCCCUGGGCCUGUGCCCUCAUCCCGGAGGCAGACUCGGACCCGGACAACUGCCCCUUCCAGCUGUGCUCCCCCGUCCACCCCCCCAAGCACUACACAUACAAGUUUGCAGAAGGCGCGUUGUUCGAGGAGACGGGACACGAAGACCCCAUCACCGAGACCAGCCGCGUGCUCCGGCUCGAAGCCAACAGCACGGAUGGCAGAGCAGUGCCCAUGACCGUGUUCCACAGAGCCGGGGCCGAGGGCCUGCAGGAGCAGCCGCUGCUGGUCCACGUGUACGGCGCCUACGGGGUGGACCUGCCCAUGGGCUUCCGGCCUGAGCGCCGGGUGCUGCUGGACGAUGGGUGGAUCCUGGCCUACUGCCACGUCCGUGGUGGCGGAGAGCUGGGCCUUCAGUGGCACGCGGACGGCCGGCUCGCCAAGAAGCCCAACGGCCUGGCUGACCUGGAGGCAUGUGUGCAGACCCUCCACGGCCAGGGCUACUCCCAGCCCCGCCUGACCGCCCUCAGUGCCCUCAGCGCCGGCGGGGUGCUGGCGGGUGCCCUCUGCAACACCCGCCCCGAGCUGCUCAGGGCCGUGACCCUGGAGGCGCCCUUCCUGGACGUGCUUGGCACCAUGAUGGACAGCAGGCUGCCACUGACGCUGGAGGAGCGCGAGGAGUGGGGGGACCCGUCCUCCGACGAGCAGCACCGGGCCUGCAUCCAGAGCUACUGCCCCUACGAGAACAUCCGGCCUCAGCCCUACCCGGCGAUGCACAUCACGGCCUGCAAGGGAGACGCGCGGGUGCCUCUGCAGGGCAUCCUCCGCUACGCCCAGAAGCUCCGGGGGGCUGUGGCCCAGCACGCGGAGGCAGCCGGAGAAGGUUACCAGGCCCCCAACAUCAUCCUGAAUAUUCAGCCCGGAGGCAGCCACGUCCUGGAGGACUCUCCCGAGAAGGUCACAGCCCAGAUCAGGUUCCUGUAUGCAGAGCUGGGCCUGGACAGCCGCACUGUGCUGCAGAACCUUAAGAAAUACCUCAAGAUCUGA